AUGGAUAUGAAAGCCAGACGAACUUUAUAUUUAUCGUUGGUCAAGUCCCAGCUGUGUUAUGCUACAGAGGUAUGGUCGCCGGUUAACAGCGUUCAGAUUUCAAGACGUGUUGAAAAAGUGCAAAGAAGAGCGACUAGGUGGAUAACAAUGACAAAGCGAGGCGAACUGUCGUACAGAGAACGGUUAUUAGCAUUAGAUCUGCUACCGUUAACCUAUGAUGGAGAAGUCAGAGACUUGGUGUAUUUCUUCAAAUCAUUUAGUUACAUUGACGUCAAUACUGACAACUAUGUGUCGUUU